UAUGCUAUGUGACAGGCAGUACUCUACAUGCUAUUUUAAGGGCCAUACCUCAUUUCAUCUGCACAUUUACUCUCCGGAAUAGGAAAUGCGUGAAGCCUUUGAGCAGGAGGCCAAGCAGAUCAACAAGCCCAGGCUGAUGGUCACUGCUGCAGUGGCUGCUGGUAUCUCCAACAUCCAGUCUGGCUAUGAGAUCCCCCAGCUGUCCCAGUACCUGGACUACAUCCAUGUCAUGACCUAUGACCUCCAUGGCUCCUGGGAAGGUUACACUGGAGAGAACAGCCCCCUCUACAAAUACCCAACUGACACUGGCAGCAAUGCCUACCUCAAUGUGGACUAUGCCAUGAACUACUGGAAGGACAAUGGGGCCCCAGCAGAGAAGCUCAUCGUUGGAUUCCCUGCCUAUGGACACACUUUCAUCCUGAGCAACCCCUCUAAUACUGGAAUUGGUGCCCCUACCUCUGGUGCUGGUCCUGCUGGCCCCUACACCAGGCAGUCUGGGUUCUGGGCCUACUAUGAGAUCUGCACCUUCCUAAAGAAUGGAGCCACUCAGGCAUGGGAUACCCCUCAAGAUGUGCCCUAUGCCUAUCAGGGCAAUGAGUGGGUUGGUUAUGACAACGUCAAGAGCUUCAAUAUCAAGGCUCAGUGGCUUAAGCAGAACAACUUUGGAGGUGCCAUGGUCUGGGCCAUUGAUCUGGAUGACUUCACUGGCACUUUCUGCAACCAGGGCAAAUUCCCCCUGAUCUCUACCCUCAAGAAUGCCCUUGGCCUGCAGAGUGCAAGUUGCACAGCCCCUGCUCAGCCCAUUGAGCCAAUAACUGCUCCUCCCAGCAGUGGCAGUGGCAGUGGCAGUGGGAGCAGCAGCUCUGGAGGCAGCUCAGGAAGCAGUUCUGGGGGCAGUGGAUUCUGCGCCGGCAAAGCCAAUGGUCUCUACCCCGUGGCAAAUAACAGAAAUGCCUUCUGGCACUGCUUGAAUGGAGUCACGUACCAGCAGAACUGCCAGGCUGGGCUUGUCUUUGACACCAGCUGUGAUUGCUGCAAUUGGGCAUGAACAUGACCUGCAUCUUCAUUCCACAGAUUUCUGAACACAUCCU